UUCACUCGGCAAACUCGGGCAACGGGCCAAGCAAGACACAUGACCAAGCGGCUGCUCGCGCUCCUUGCCGUCGGCGCGCAGGCGGCGGUGACGCUGACGUCGAGCCCACCGGCUGACUGCAGUGCGUCCUCGACGUGCAAGUCGCUCACGUGUCUGAGCGGCUGGUGGAUCGACCUUACGGACAACCACAUUGAGCUGGCCAUCCUCGCCGGCGCGCUCGUCUUCCUUGCGUCCUUCUUGCCGCGCGUGCUUCUGCGGCUCGUCAUCUUCAUCCUCAAGAAGUUUCCCUUCUUGCGCGAGGUCAUUGAGGACUACGAGGCCCAUUGCAUCUGGUCGACGACGUAUUUACUGUGCAGCACGCUCAUCUGGGGUGCGCUCACCGUCAGCAAGCUCUCGCAGUUUCUGUGCCGCAUCCACAUUUACAUCUGGGGUCUCUUCUUCUUGCUUUGGCUCUACUACGUGUUUGUCGUUGUCGACAAGUUUGCAGUCCGCAAGUUUGGCGGCAAAGGUGAAAGCUCCAAGAACGUCGUCAUCUCCGAGUCGAUCAAGCUCCUGCGACUGCUUGUGAUGGUGAUUGCAGCCAUGUACAUUUACCUUCAAAUGUGGCAAGACCAGACGCUGCUCAAGUACUCGUUUCUGGGCAUGAUUGGUGGCGCGAUCGCGCUCGGUUUUUGUGGGCGCGGUAGGACGCACAAUGCAGUCGGCGGCCUCUACCUUGUGCUCAACGCACCGUUUAAAGUCGAUCAGUUUAUCCAAAUUGGCUCGGUGAAGGGCCAUGUGAGCCGCGUCGCCCUGCGCUAUACGGUGAUCAUUGGCCUCGACAGCACCAAGAUCUACAUCCCGAACAGCAUUGGCCUCGACAGCACCAAGAUCUACAUCCCGAACAGCUACUUUCUGUACAAGCCCAUGGUCAACUACUCCCAAGCCCCGAAACGCCAGCUGCAGAUGGACAUUGACGUGGAUCCGCACACGAGUGUGGCCCUUCUCCAGCGCCUCAUGACGGACCUCGAGCUCAUGUUGCAGUCGCGCCACAUGGGUCUGACGUCCCACGAAGACUACAACGGCGAUGAGAAGACCAAGCAGCUCUUCUUUGUGACUAUGGAACAGCUCUACCGCGUCCGCCUCUAUACGUUUACGGACGAGCUCGACGCGAAGAAGCACGCGCUCAUCAAGUCGGAGGUGUGGCUGGCGGCCAUGGAGAUCAUGGACGACCUCGGCAUCCGCAUGAAGUCCCAGUCGGCGGCCGCGUCCUCGGUGUCGGCCAAAGGCAAUACGCUCGACGACCAUGUGCCGUUCGCGGCCGAAUUUGGGCUUCUCACCGGCGCGUCGUUGUAGCAAGUACUCGUGUGUAUCAAUGUAUCAAUCAGACUCCA